CCCCUCCCUCAUCUUUGUCACAUGGUUGUGACAUCACAGCCUUCUCAAAUUCACUCUAGCAUUUACCCAUUGCUUAUGGAUCUCCUGCUGCUGGGGCGACUCACAUAGCUACGUCUGAAUGAGGGGCAGCUACAUUUCCUGAGCUGGCAAACAAAGGCCAACCCUACUGGUUGUAGGUUGAAACCCAUGCCAGGGGUGCUCCUCCCGAGGUUGGAUUUAGCCAGUAUCCAAGGAGUCAGCUGAGUGCGAAUAGCAGGAACGUGAGUGAUGGUGUGAGUUUGGCAGACACAAAUGGUUCUUCACUGUGAAAGUGACGAGGUUGUAGAAUAUACUGCCUGGACAUAGUGUGAUGGCUGUUUCUCUUAAUGCCUUUAAGAGGGGCUUGGAUGUCUUUUGGGACCAGCCAAAUACCCAGGGCUGCAGUUAAUUUUAUGAUACAAAUCUGUACUAUGCUGAGGAGGAAGCAGCUGUAUGGAGACAGUUUCCCGUUGGUGUAAAAAACAUCAUCUGAGCUCACUGACACGUGCAGAGGCACUGACUGAUGCUCCUGGCAGCCCAUGAAACAUGAGAAUCAUAACCCGGUUGUGCGUGGGAAGCCUAUUGCUAUGUGCAGUUCUCUGGCUUUGCUGGAUGAAAGUCAACACCAAGGAGAAAGCUGAUGAGCAGCAAAGAUCUUUACCUCAAAUACUGACACUGUCGGGAUACAGUCGUCUCCCAGAUGGACAGCCUCUUUCCAGGAAUCCCUGUAAAUCAUGUGCCGUGGUGUCCAGUUCAGGGCAGAUGCUGGGAUCAGGCCUUGGGCCUCAGAUUGAUCAAGCUGAAUGUGUCCUACGCAUGAACACAGCUCCAACUCUGGGCUAUGAAACAGACGUGGGCAGCCGGAGCUCUCUAAGGGUGGUAUCCCACACCAGCGUCCCUCUUCUACUGCGCAAUCAGACCUACUUCUUUCAGCAGUCCCAGGACACUGUAUAUGUCAUCUGGGGUCCACUUAGGCAAAUGGACGUUGACAGCGGUAUCACGUAUCGAGUUCUGCAACACGCUAAAGGGAAGUACCCCCAGGUGCAGAUCUACACGCUAACACAGAGCAUGAUGGCACACUGUGACCAGGUCUUCCAGAAUGAGACAGGGAAGAAUAGGGCCAUGUCUGGAACAUUCCUUAGCACUGGUUGGUUCACCAUGAUUCUGGCCAUGGAGCUGUGUGAAGAGAUCACCGUGUAUGGAAUGGUUGGCGAGAAUUACUGUAGAGAGCGGUCUAACCCCCCUGUGCCUUAUCACUACUACGAAAAGGGGAGGCUGGACGAGUGCACUAUGUACAUGAUGCACGAGCGAGCUUCAAGGGGAGCCCACCGGUUCAUCACAGAGAAAGCUGUAUUUGCCCGCUGGGCACACAGGAAGCGAAUCCAUUUUGCCCACCCCUCAUGGGGCGCUUGAAGAGAACUUGAAUGUCUCCAUCUAUUUCACCUGUUCAUAGUUCCAAACCUGGAGCGGUUUCCUCCAGCAAUUAAUACUUCACACUGUUGGAACUCUACAGUGCUGUACACUCAAAUACUGUACCCUGACGUCAAGAGCUGACAAUCUAAUCUGUGAAUACUGAGAAGAACUUAGCAGGGAUCCCAGGCUCAGUUAUAUGGAAACCUUUUCCAAUAGGGCACCUCCACUUCAUAGGGCAGCGACUGUCGUCAAGCUGCUACUUCGGUAACAAGCAACUGAUAAACCCUACAUGUGUUGCUGAGGUUUGGCAAUAUUGGGAGGCCGCCAGUGACUGCGUUAUAUUGUAUUCUCUUUACAGGCUGAAUGUACUGUGGUAAUAUCCAUGUUGGUGUGUGAAGUACAAUGGGGAAUUUAGGACCUGAAUAUUUUGUGUGUUAGUAACAAGUGACACAAAUGCUUCCCUCGGACUAACAGGCUCCUUUCUGCUUUUAGUGCCAAGAUAAACGGGCACCUUAGUGCCUAGAUAAUAAAGUGUAGUUCUGUUGUAAAUAGGGAUGCACCGAAUCCAGGAUUUGGCCUUUUUUAGCAGGAUUCGGAUUCGGCCGAAUCCUUCUGCCCGG